GAAACUGUUAGUUCCGGGUCGAGGGUCGACGGCCGACGGGAUCCUGAGGCUUUUCCCUGAAUUAACAUGGCUGCGCCCGGCAGGUCGUGGGGUCGUGGGUGAGGGAAGGUGGCGUAGCGUUCCCUCGGCUUUGCCCACGGUCCUCUCGGCGAUGGCGCUUCGGUCAAGGUGCUGGGAGUUGUUGUCGGCUCGCAGGAACCCCGGUCGCGGGGUCGCGGCGCUGUCCACCCGUUCCGAGCCGGAGGUGCAGCCUGAAGCCGACCCUCUGGGAAACGAAGCUGUGGCCCCCGAGUUCACCAACCGGAACCCCCGGAAUCUGGAACUCUUGGCCGUGGCCCGGAAGGAGCGGGGCUGGGGCACCGUGUGGCCCUCCCGGGAGUUCUGGCACAGGCUGCGAGUUAUAAGGACUCAGCACCAUGUAGAAGCCCUUGUUGAGCAUCGCAACGGCCAGGUUGUGGUUUCUGCAUCCACACGUGAGUGGGCUAUUAAAAAGCACCUUUACAGCACCAAAAACGUGGCGGCUUGUGAGAACAUAGGACGGGUGCUGGCGGAACGAUGCCUUGAGGCAGGAAUCAACUUCAUGGUCUACCAACCAACUCCUUGGGAGGCAGCCUCAGAAUCGAUGCAGCGACUGCAGAGGGCGGUGACGGAAGGUGGUGUGGUGCUCCGGGAGCCUCGGAGAAUUUAUGAAUGAGACAGCAUUGUUUGGAACUUGGCAUUGUUAAGCUGUCAGCCAUCACAUCCCUCAGAAGGGAGCCCCUGGAAGAACAGCCGACUGGGAAGCUGUACGCAGUAAUGUCACUGCAGAAUGUUGUUAGCAGUUACACAGCCCCUUCUCCCCUUGUGUGCGGGGACGGCUAAAGUCUUCCCUCUUGGACGUGAGAGAAGUAUCUGAGAAAAGCUGUCACCAGUUAUAAUUAACUUUUGAAGGACAAAUUAAAGGUUUAUAAGUUAAAGAAUAAAAGCAUAGUGUGAACUUGAAA